AAGUAGUCGAUGUCGUAUUGAGCAUUUUUUGCAAGUAACAGUCUUGGCGAUUGUAAAAAAAAUCUAUCACGUAGGAAACGGGAUCGUGAUUCACACGUAUUGAAAAGCGUUGUGGUUGUAGUAUACAGAACUGUACUGUACGCUGAAGCAUUUGAGGUACCAUAUGUAGUUAAUUAAAGUUGUUCAAUUUUAUGGUACGGUAGAUAAAAAAAUGGCUGGAGUGUUUGAUUUAGAGCUACAAGAAGUAGAUAAUGAAACAUUAAGGACUGUGGAAUCUGAUGACGAUAUUAUUGAUAUUGAUGAACAGAGUUUGAAUGAUGAGCCAGAUGUCAAUGCAAUAUUAGACUCAGAGGAUGUAGAGAAAAUUCAACUCUCAGAAAUAACAGUAAAUCCAGGACAGGAGAAGACUGGACCAAAAGAUUUUGAAUUACUACGGGUACUUGGAAAAGGUGGAUAUGGAAAGGUUUUUCAAGUGCGGAAAGUUACUGGAAAGGAUACAAACAAAAUAUUUGCCAUGAAAGUUCUGAAGAAGGCAACUAUUGUAAGAAAUCAGAAAGACACUGCACAUACCAAAGCAGAAAGAAACAUUUUAGAAGCAGUUAAGCAUCCUUUCAUUGUUGACUUAAUAUAUGCCUUUCAAACGGGAGGCAAGUUGUACUUAAUCUUAGAAUAUCUCAGUGGGGGAGAGUUGUUCAUGCAUCUUGAGAGAGAAGGAAUAUUUUUAGAAGAUACAGCAAGCUUCUACCUCUCAGAAAUUCUUCUAGCCUUAGAACAUCUACACAUGGAAGGAAUUAUCUAUCGAGACUUGAAACCUGAGAACAUUCUGUUAGAUGCCCAAGGUCAUGUCAAGUUAACAGACUUUGGUUUAUGUAAAGAAUCUAUUCAAGAUGGUGUCAUAACACACACUUUUUGUGGAACCAUUGAAUAUAUGGCACCCGAGAUCUUGAUGAGAAGUGGGCAUGCUAAGGCAGUAGACUGGUGGAGUCUUGGUGCUUUAAUGUAUGAUAUGCUUACUGGUGCUCCUCCAUUUACUGCAGAAAACAGAAAGAAGACAAUAGAAAAGAUAUUGAAAUGUAAAUUAAAUCUUCCACCCUAUUUGACUCCUGAUGCACGGGACCUAAUCAGAAAAUUGUUGAAGAGACAGGUGUCACAGAGGUUAGGAAGUGGAUAUGAAGAUGCUGAAGCCAUCAAGAUUCAUCCUUUCUUUAAGCAUGUCAGCUGGGAUGAUGUCCUUGCCAGGAGGGUAGACCCUCCAAUAAAACCUCAGCUUACAAGUGAGGAUGAUGUUUCUCAAUUUGACACAAAGUUUACAAAGCAGACACCGUUCGACAGUCCUGAUGAUACACAACUCAGUGAAAGUGCCAACCAGGUGUUUCUCGGUUUUACUUAUGUAGCACCAUCAAUCUUAGAAGAGAUACAUAGGCCAGCUGUCGUUAAAGCUCGCUCUCCAAGAAAACAUAGUUCUCGAUUACCAUUUAGUCCUUGUAAAGUAGCUCAACCAUUUGCAUUUGAAGAAUCAACAAAAAAUAGUAGUCUUGCCCCACCCAUGGGACAAAAUGAGGAGCAGAUGGACACAAGUAACUGUCUUUCUCUUACGGUUCAACCUCCUAGGUCUCCUGCAAUUCCUGCUCGUAAACAAGGCCUUAAGAUAUAGUUCAGUUAUUCAAGUAAAAACAUCAAAAGUUUUAUCAAGAAGAAAGUUUCCAUUUCGUCGGAGGCUACCCCAUUGCUUCUAUUUUCAGAAGGAUUACUUAUUCGUAUACUGUGUCUCUUUUCACAGAUUUACCCUUGUUGCUAAGUUCCCUUUUCAUGUCAACCAACAGUUUCUCUAGUUUUUUGUGUCAUAUUUGACAACCUUGGCAAAAGUAUAGUAGUGUUAUUUGUGAAUGGAAUUGAGUAUUAACAGGUUUUUAUAGUCAUUGUUAUUUAUGCUUUGAUGAGAGGAACAAAAUAUGGAAAGGAGCACCAAGUACUUCAGAAUAAUUCAUUUUGCUGACCUACAGUGCCCCAGACAAUGUUUUUCAAGAAAAUAUGAUCUUUCCCAUUUUGUCUGUAGGUGGUGGGAUUAUAUUUUGGUUAAAAAUCUUUCAAGAGUGCUACAUAAUGUUAUUUUCAUAAGUGGUAAGACAAGAAAAAACUAUUAGGAUUUUAAUUUCAUUAAAUUUAAUAUAUAUAUAUAUAUUUUUUUUCUUGUUUUUUUUUUUUGUCAUGUAGGCUGAGAAAUGUAUUCUUUAAAUUUAGUUAUGUGUCUAUAUUAGAAUAAAUCUUGCAACAAACACUGGUAAUAAUUUGAAUAUUUGAGCAAUUCUGUAGAAAUGUUACCUUUGUUAUCUAGCUUUUUAGUGGGGUGAAAGAAGAAAUUUGGUCACUUGGUGGUGUAGUAGUUUACUCAAAACUAGUUGGUUUUAUUUUUUUCAAAGGCAUUUUCUUAAUACAGAUUUUGUAAAGAAGUAAAAACAGUGUAGUCUAUCUAUGCAGUUGUGUUAUACACUUUCGUGCAAUAAUUUAUUAAGGUUGUGUGUCUGUUAAGCAGUUUGUUGUACAGUUAAAACAUAAAACAAGGAGUGUUUGUGUAGAAAUUAAAAAAAAAAGUAUUAAGAAACAUCUCAUUUUUAUAUCAGAACUAUGAUGCUCAAAAACUUUCUCACUAUUAAAAGUUAUUUUUACAAAAAGUAUGCAGUUUAGGAGAAAAAUUUUGAUAUUAUUCUAAUAGCCACACUGAUUGGUGAUUCAUGGCUAUUUUUUUUUUCAUAGCCUGACUGGUCAGUCAUAGGUGUUAAUAUUUUGAUAGCCCUACUAAAUUGGUUAUUUGUAGCAGUUAUUUUUCUGAUAGAUUUAGUGGUUGGUCAGUCAUAGUUAUUAUCUUUCUGAUAACCUUAUUUGAUUUGCCUCAUUAUUAGCAUUUUUCUGAUUGGAUAUUCAAAGAGAUUAAGAUCUUUAUACAUAACAGUUUAAAACUGUUAGUGCACAGAGCAAUAGAGAAACUUAUAAUAUUUAAAAAUUAAAUAUUUAUAAAGGUGCUAAUGAUCUGCGCAUGAUAAGGAGUCAUUUUAUUGCUUUUAAACAUUGUUAGUUUUUAUGUUAUAAUUCCAGCAUCUACUGACAAUCAUAAAUAAAAUUUGGGUGUUUGAGCAAAAGAACAAAGUAAACUUCAAUAAGGAAAGAAGUUUCACAUUGAAUUUCAAAGCACUAUUUCUAAAUAUUAAGAAAAGUCUUAGUAGUAAUGAAUUUUCAAGUUUCUGAACUUGUCAAAUUUAUGUUUUUAAUUAGUAAUUUUAAAUUCAUUGAAAAAUUAUAACUUGAAGUAUGAUUAUGGAGUUCUUUGUUUGAACACCAAACUGUAUCAGUAUAAUUAUCACAACCAUUGAAAGUUUAAUGUUGAUAUUGACAGUAACCAGGCAUAUUAAAUCAUUUUAAUUUAAAUGAGACUUGUAAUCCUGUAUCAUUAAAUUAUCACAAUCUCAAAAAGUAUAGUGCUGGUUAUCAUGGUUUUACCAGAAACAUCUUGGUGUUCAGCUAAGAUAGUUCUGCUCUUACAAUGGCACUUUCAAAAAACUUGUGUUAUAGUUGGGUGACAUUAACCAGGCACCUUGAACCAACUUUUAUAUUUGGAUCUUUCCCUCGGUGGAGGAUACAGCAGAUAGCCCAAUGUGGCUUUGCUAUCUGAAAAAACACAUGUUCAGAUCAUCUAAUAUUUAAUUAAUCCAUAGUAUGUUGAUUGUGUGAAGUAUAUUUUUUGACACCAGAAAAUGUAUAUAAAUUAUUUCAAAUGUUUUCCCAUAAAUUGCCAUUUCAAUGCUAAUUUUUUUUUAUUGUUACUUUUUUUGCCAUGAAUUAACUUGUGUCAGUGAAUAUUGAAUGAGUAGUUAAUUCAAAGUUAUUAAUUAAUUAAUUAUACUCUUCUCCAACUAAGUCAAAAAUGUGACAUUAACACUGUUUGGAGAAUUGAUAUUAAUCACUAAUUAUUUUUAACAUAAUUGGUUGAUAGCUAAUGAUAGAACUAGAAAGAUCAAUAGCAGAACUAUUAAUGUAUUGUAUGAUAAAUUAAUACUACUUUCCCAUUGGAGUUCAAUUUUGUAAACAAGCUUUAACCAUGAAACUUUGUUUUUUGAUAAGUGUAUGAUAUUUAAGCAGUUGUAUGUUCAGACAAUUUUAUUCCCCAUUUGAGGUUCAAAUGUUUUGGAGUUUAAAAAAACAACAACAUUGUUUUAGUCUAUAAAGAUUUACAGCACUUAAAUUAGUUAACUCUAUAAAGAUUUUUCUCAAAGUUCACGUGUAAAGUAUCAGUUAUGGGAAUGUUGUUAAACAUGGCUUUUAAAUUGUUAAGCUAAUAAAAUAAUAGAGGUUGACACUGUGUAAAAUUGGGUUUAAAUUUUAUAUAUUUUUUCUUGAAAUCUGAAUUAAUAUUGUAUAUUGGUUUUCAUACUAAAAUUGUAUCUUAACUGUAAACGAACUACGUAAGGCUGAUCAAAUGUAUUAAAAGAGCAUAUAGGUUCUAUAGUAAAAGUAUUACAUAUUGUGAAAAGAUUUUCUUCUUCAUAGAAGCUAAUUUAGAACCAUGUAUACUAAUUUUUAUAAACUUUUUAAAGAAAUGAUGGUUGAAUUUUACUUCUUGUUUAUGUUACAUGAUUAUUAUGGUUUGAUUUUUUGCCAGUAAUGUUUUCCCAAUAAACAUAAUAUACAGUUUCAGUGUUGCAUGCAAAUAGCAAAAGAGUAAUUUCACAAAACUCCAAUUUGUACAAACUAGCAUUUUGUAUUUAGUUGGAAUUUAUGCAAAUUUUGUUAAAUGUUUAGUAAAGAUUUAUUAAUAACAAUUUUAUUUGAACUGAAAUACAUUUAAUGUUUAAAGUGAAAACAAGUUUUGGUAAACAUACUUUGUAGGUUUUUUAAAAGUGAUAUUCAAAUAGAGCUGAUUUAUGAUCAUUCUGUAUUCAAUAUGUGAACUAAAGCUCUUUUAAAGCAUCAGAAGUUUUGGUUUAGCUCAAAGUAAACACUUAAUAAAGUAUCUGUUUGUUUUUUCUUAAGUUAAAAAGAUAAAGCUGAAAUUUAAGAGCAUGUGUAUAAAAAAAAAAAAAAGUAUAGAUAUAUGACACGAUCACAAAUAUCCUUCAGUACUUCGGUAAUGAUUUUGUUUAGCGGCUGUUUUUUUUCUAAGAAAUGCCAAUUUUAGUUUUAAUAUAACAUUUUGAAAGAUCCCCCGUAUUUUUAUUUGAGCAGUUACAUGCACACACACUUUAGGGGCAUUUAAUUCAGUUAAAUUUAACAUACUGUUUUUUUUUUUCGUAAACAUAACUGUAGUUUUUCUGCUCAAUUUAAGCUUUUUUUUUUAUAUUUGUAUUGAAAAAUGGAGGCACAUUUUAUGUCUUCCUGAAUUGUAAUUGUUACCUUGGUAACUUUUUUAAGCAAGAAAAUAGUUACUUUUGUAUAUAUGACUAAAAGUUUAGCAAAACAACUAGUAUGUUUAUCGAAAAUUGUAGUUGAUCUAUGAUAUAACCAUUUUUUAAAGUGAUUUUUUUUAAGUUCCUUAAAAAAUUCAAAUUUUGUCAUUAUCUUCAAGGUAAACAUAUUUUGUAGAUCAGUAUGUGCUGGCAAGAUGUUUAAAGUUUGAAUUAAAUAUUCAGAACAAGA